AUGACUGUUGGGACAGUCACUGGGCCAUUUUCUAAAGAAGGCAUGGUAUGCCAAUACCCACACAUGAUGAUCUCCUCCAACGUCGGCACACGGUUUGGAAAUAAUCCUUUUGACAACAUAUUUCCUACUUUUCUAGCCCAGAUUGUUUUUAUUUUCUGGCUUACCAGAAUCGUUUACACCUUUCUGAAACCUUUGAGACAAAGUAUUCUCUCUGCACAAGUUGUGGCUGGUAUAAUCAUGGGUCCAACAAUUCUUGGGCGUUGCACCAAACGGCCAAUGCAGAAGCUGUUUCCAAUGGCAGGCAAAGUGGUACUUCAAACUGCUGCAAACGUUGGCUUUAAUCUUCAUCUCUUUCUAUUAGGAAUAAGGAUGGAUGCUAGAAUUUUGAAAAAGGCAGGUGGUUCUGCUGCUCUUAUCGGCACCAUGGGUUAUGCGAUGCCUUUUACAUUCGCUGGACUAACCUAUUACACUGUCAGCCAUGUCAUAACCUUAGACCGCACCAUUACAACUUCCAUUCCUUUUAUCAUUGCUAUUGGUUCCAUUUCCACCUUUCCCGUCAUCACCAGCCUCCUUGCUGAUCUCCAAAUCCUCAACUCUGAGCUUGGAAGAUUAGCAACUUAUAUCUCCAUAAUCGGUGAUCUUUGGAGCUUUGGCACAAUUCUAACCACGACAACAUUGGGUUUAGUUGCUCGUGGCUCUAAAUGGAUGUCAUUCUGGGCUCUGUUUUGGGUCACCAUCUUCGUGACCACUAUCAUAUUCGUUUUCCGGCCAUUCAUUGUAUGGUUAACGAAACGCAACUCAGAAGAAGAAACCAUGCGGGAAACACACUUCAUUAUCGUUCUUCUGAUUGUGAUGGCGUGCGGAUUUUCUGCUGAAGUUAUUGGUCUGCACGCUGCCUUUGGGUCUUUUCUGUUGGGAAUUGCUUUGCCAGACGGGCCGCCACUCGGUUCAGCAUUAGUUCAGAAGCUUGAUACUAUAGCAACUGGGCUGCUCCUUCCAGUUUUCAUUGCGAUAAGCGGUUUGCAGACGGACUUGUUGUCGGCGGCAGUAGGGCACUCUUCAGCAAUCACCGAGUUAUUCAUCGUUUUGGGCUAUAUAGGGAAGUUCAUUGGUACACUUCUGCCUGCGCUUUUCUGCGGUUUGCCCUACUGGGAGGCCGUAACUCUCGCGUUAAUCAUGUGUUGCAAAGGCGUCAUAGAGGUUGCUGCAUACAUUAUGUGGAAGGAUGCCGGUAUCAUAGACGACCAAGUCUUUGCCCUUUUGUUAGUGACGAUGUUGAUUGUAUCUGGGGUAGCCAGGCCCAUGGUAGCUCACCUUUAUGACCCAUCAAAGAGGUACAUGGCCUACGCGAGAAGGACCGUGCUUGAAUCUCGUAACAGCAUUCAGCUUCGACUUCUGAUCUGUGUCCACCAGGAAGACAAUGUUCCUACCAUUUUAAGUCUUCUUGAAGCCUCGAAUUCCACCAGAUUAACCCCAAUGUCCAUCUUUGUCCUACACCUCAUGGAGCUAACCGGCAGCGCCGCUGCCGUACUUGUCCCCCAUCUCCGUACUCAAAGCAAAUCCACUCCUAAUGCUACUAGUGCAGAACAUACUGUGUCUGCUUUCCAACAGUUUGAGCAGCAGCAUCAAGGGAAUGUAGCAGUGCAGCAUUUCACUGCAAUUGCGCCAUAUGCAAGCAUGCACAAUGACAUUUGCAGUAUUGCACAAGACAAGAGAACCACAAUUGUGAUUCUCCCCUUUCACAAGCGUUGGGCAAUUGAUGGAAGAGUUGGAUCAUCCAACGCUUCCAUCAGGACCGUCAAUCUCAACGUCAUCAACAAGGCACCAUGCUCAGUCGGAGUCCUCAUCGACCGGGGACAAAUCGGCGGUAAGUGGUCUUCUUUAACAUCCAGGUCGUCGUAUCGUGUUGGUUUGCUAUUCUUCAGUGGUGCAGAUGAUUUGGAGGCUUUUGCCUAUGGCAGACGCAUGGCGCAGCAUCCCCACGUCAACCUCACAGUGAUUAGAUUCUUGCAUGAAUGUAAAACUCAUGAAAAGAAUCUUGAAGAUGAGUUGAUCUGUGAGUACAGGGCAAAUGCACUCAUGAUGGGAAAUAAUCACUAUAAAGAGAAGAUUGUGGGAGAUGGAGUAGAAACUACGCAGGCAAUCCAUGCUAUGGAGGGUGAUUUUGAUUUAGUAAUCGUGGGCAGGUGCCAUGAACCCAACUCACCGUUUAUAAGAGGGCUGAGCACAGAAUGGAGUGAAUGCCCUGAGCUUGGGCUGAUCGGAGACAUAUUGGCCAGUUCGGAUUCCCAGUUUUCAGUUUUGGUAGUGCAGCAACAACCGGACGGAAAUAUGCCGCCAGGGAUGCUCUCCACCGUGACGUCUAAAAAUAAAUCUUUUGGUUCAAAGUUGGCUAGUGAAUUUUCAGAUGGUGAAGAUUUUACACCAGAUUACUCUAAACUAGAGGUAGGGGAAUGA